AUGGUUUGGUUGCAUGUACGACAAUAUCUAUCAUUGUUGUUUUUGCUAUCGCUAACUGCAGUUCCCAGUAGCGCCAAAAAUACACAUUUACAUCAGCGCAAACGUAAUCAUCCUCGCUAUUUAAGUCGUCAACAAAAAAGCGAGCUAGCCCGCCAAUUGCUUCUCGUUGAUGGAUUGCAGGUGGAAUCAGAAGGUUAUUUCGACGUAGUAGAACAACCAGAGCAAUUUAUUGAAAUCGAUACGCAAAUCGCGCCAGAAACCAAAGGCAAACACGGCGCCAUUGAACCGACUCAUCUAAAACAUUUGCUUGAUAUUGCCGCCGCUGAGUCGGAGAUGUCAGCGGCCAUUGCAGGCGGCGACGAGGAGGCGAAAAACGUCUGGAGUCGCGCCAACGCAAAUCGGCCGGCCUUCCUUUUCGACAGCGGCGCUUUGUCGAAAAUACAAUCGAAUACAAAAAGUAUAAACACCGAUGAUGGAGGAAAUUUUUUCUACGAACGCAACAUUAUUACCGAAGAGCCGGGAGUAUCGCUGGCAAAGCUUAAAACAGGCCGCCAACAAAAGAACACAAUGAAGGGAGACGACACAAGCGGCAUCCCACGCCAGCGGCUACAGAGCUUGGCAUUUCGAAGGCGAUUAUUUAAACAGCUAAAAGGCAGAAAGAUACCGGUCUAUCAAAAGAAGCUUCACAAGCGACGUACUCGUAUUUUUCAAUCUCCCAAUGAAGCGAAAAGCAGGCACUACAAGGUCAAAUCUAAUGUUAAGCAUAACACAAAUUUAUACUCACUCAACCAGAUCAGAAACACUCCAUUUUUAAAUAUAGAGUCCCGAUCGCGGCGUGCAGUUACCGCUAAAAAGGAACGCAUAUGGGAUUAUGGUGUCAUACCAUAUACCAUCGAUGAGAUAUUCAACGGGGUGCACAAAGCGCUCUUCAUGAGAGCCAUGCGCCAUUGGGAGAAUUCUACAUGCAUUAAAUUUGUAGAGCGCGAUCCGAAAAUACAUCCCAAUUACAUACAUUUUACGGUUAAGAAUUGUGGUUGUUGCUCGUUCGUGGGCAAGCGUGGUUCCGGACGACAGGCCAUUUCGAUCGGUCGCAACUGUGAGAAAUUUGGAAUUGUCGUGCAUGAAUUGGGACAUGUUAUAGGUUUUUGGCAUGAACACACGCGUACCGACCGAGAUAAGCAUAUAACUAUCAAUAAAGAGAAUAUCAUGAAGGGGCAGGAAUAUAAUUUUGAUGUACUCUCACCGGAAGAUGUUGACUCCCUCGGUCUGCCAUAUGACUAUAAUUCAAUCAUGCAUUACGCAAAAAAUACUUUUGCCAAGAAUGUUUAUUUGGAAACAAUACAGCCGAUAGGCUUAUCGAAGACCCAACACAUUGAGAUCGGUCAAAGAUUACGUCUGAGUCCAGGAGAUAUAACUAAGGCGAAUAGAUUGUAUAAAUGCAGCACUUGCGGACGAACAUUUCAAGAAAAUUCUGGAGAGAUAAUUUCACCACAUUAUGAAUACUCACAAUUUUCGGCCAUACAGGUCAGUAAUGUGAUUGAAGAUAGUGGCAGCGGUGAUUACGAGGUCAGUGAUUUUGAGAAAUCUCUUGAGAAAUGCGAAUGGCGUAUUACAGCAACAAAUGGGGAGCGAAUCAUUUUGCAAAUUCACCAAGUGCAUCUACUGCAGUCCACUGACUGUUCUGUGGAUUACUUAGAAAUACGCGAUGGCUACUGGUAUAAGUCUCCUGUUAUUAAGCGACUAUGCGGCAAUGUAACGGAGGAAACGGUUAAGAGCAGCUCCAGUCGAAUGCUCAUCAAUUAUGUCAAUCAACAUGCGGUUAGAGGAUUUCGUGGAUUUUCUGCUGAUUUUGAGGUCACAUGCGGAGGCGAUAUUUUUCUCACCGAAAAUAGACGUAUCGACUCCCCCAACUACCCACUGGAGUAUCUCGCGGACCGAGAAUGCAUUUGGCGUAUAUCAGUACCGGAGAACCGCCAAGUCGCGCUGAAAUUUCAGUCAUUCGAAUUGGAAAAUCAUGAUAACUGUGCUUACGAUUAUGUGGAAAUACGCGAUGGCAAAGACGUUGAUUCUCAAUUAAUUGGCAUUUACUGUGGAUAUAUUUUGCCACCAAAUAUCAAGUCCAAUUCAAACCACAUGUACAUAAAGUUUGUAUCCGAUGGUUCGGUACAAAAGGUUGGCUUCUCUGCAGUGUUCCUACAAGAGUUGGAUGAAUGCAAAUUUACCAACCAUGGAUGUCAACACGAAUGCAUCAAUACUUUGGGGAGCUAUCAGUGCGCUUGCUUUGCUGGCUAUGAGCUGCAAGCCGAUGGACGUACUUGCGAAGAUGCGUGCGGCGGCAUUAUCAAUGCCUCCACUCCCAAUAGCAGAGUUCAUUCACCAUCGUUUCCGGAUGUGUAUCCCAUAUCGAAAGAGUGUGUUUGGGAGGUGGUAGCACCUCCCAACCACGCAGUGUUCAUUAAUUUUACACACUUCGAUUUGGAAGGCACGAAAUAUCAAUACACUGAAUGCAACUAUGAUUACCUAUUGGCAUACUCUAAGUUACGUGAUAGUCGUCUGAAGAAAAUCGGUAUUUACUGCGGUCAAGAGCUGCCUCCAGUUUUGAAAUCCGAACAUAACAUAAUGCGAUUAGAAUUCUAUUCAGACAAAAACAUUCAACGGACCGGCUUUUCGGCAAAUAUAUUAAUUGAUUUUGACGAGUGCAGCAUUGACAAUGGAGGCUGCCAACAUCAUUGUCUGAAUACAUUUGGUUCAUACAAGUGCAGCUGCCGCAAUGGAUACACUGUCCACGAAAACCGACAUAAUUGUACCGAGACAAAAUGCAAAUUUGAAAUCACCAGCCCCAAGGGGACCAUUUACAGCCCCAACUUCCCAGACGAAUAUCCACGUAACACAUACUGCUUUUGGCACUUCCGCACCGUUUUAGGCCACCGUGUGCAGUUGACAUUUCACGAAUUCGAAAUGGAAAAUCAUCAGGAAUGCUUUUACGAUUAUGUCGCCUUAUAUGACGGCAAAUCAGAGAACAGCUCGACAUUAGGCAUAUACUGUGGAGGACAUGAGCCAUAUGCAGUGGUGGCAUCCACAAAUGAAAUGUUCAUGGUCCUAUGGACUGAUGCGUCCCUGCAGCGUAAAGGAUUUCGAGCGACAUAUUCAACAGAAUGCGGCGGUUAUUUACGAGCAACAAAUGAAACGCAAGUCUUUUAUUCACAUCCGCGCUAUGGCAGUCGAGUCUACAAUCGUCACAUGUAUUGUAAUUGGCGUAUACAAGCUGAUUCUGAGAGUAGUGUUCAAAUAAAGUUUUUGCACUUUGAAGUUGAAUAUUCGGAUCGUUGCGAAUACGAUGCGGUGGAAAUAAGAGAAGAAAUUUUUGAAGAGAAGUAUAUGCGGAACAGCAAUCAUGGACGUUAUUGUGGCAAUAGGAAACCGCCCACAAUAACAUCUUAUACCGAUACCUUACUGAUGAGAUUUCAAACGGAUGGCAGCACCUCUUUGCGUGGUUUCGCUGUUUCUUUUGUUGCCGUGGAACCGCCGGAUGAGGACCUCAUAGACGAUUUAGGUGCAGUUACACCCUUUCCUGGUUACAUGCGCAGUGUGUACUAUGCUUCAGAUACAGGCAGCGAUUUCGAUAAUUAA